AUGGAGGCUACUGAGGAUGAACUUGACCCGUUAUGGAAGGAUCUCGAUUGGGCCAUUGGGGCCAUGUUCUACAUGGGAUUUGAUGGAACGGAAGUCACCCCACAAAUUCGUACUUUGAUCGAAGACCACCACCUGGGAUCCAUUCUUCUGACUACUAAGAAUUUGAAAUCUGCACAGCAAACCGCAAGUCUUGUUCAGGAGUUGCAGACUAUCGCCCACAAUGCUGGGCACCCAGUUCCAUUACUCAUUGCGCUAGAUCAAGAGAAUGGUGGCGUCAACAGUCUAUACGAUGAGGAUUAUAUCUGUCAAUUCCCAAGUGCGAUGGGGGUCGCCGCCACGGGCAGUCCUGAACUCGCCUAUGAGGUGGCUAAUGCUACAGGAAAAGAGCUCUUCGCAGUAGGAAUCAACAUGAUCAUGGGCCCCGUUUUGGAUGUCCUCACAAAUGCACGAUAUCAGCCACUAGGCGUCAGGGCUACUGGAGAUGACCCCCAGGAGGUCUCUCAAUAUGGGAUCGCUGCUAUGAAUGGUUACAAAGAUGCUGGAAUCACAACUUGCGGGAAACACUUCCCGUCGUAUGGCAACUUGGACUUUCUCGGAUCUUCCCUCGACAUGCCCAUAAUCACUGAGACAUUAGAGCAACUUAGUCUUGGAGCAUUGGUGCCAUUUCGUAAUGCCAUUCGAGAAGGGCUGGAUGCAAUGAUGGUUGGCGGUUGUGCCAUAGCUAACGCUGGAAUGAACGUUAUGCAUGCAUGCCUGAGUGAUCAAGUAGUAGACGACUUGUUACGAAACGAUCUUGGUUUUGAUGGUGUCACGAUAUCAGAAUGCCUGGAAAUGGAUGCUCUGAGUCAUGAUAUUGGUGUCAGGGGUGGUACUGUAAUGGCAGUGGAAGCUGGAUGCGACCUUGUUCUCCUAUGCCGUUCUUUUGCGGUACAACAAGAAGCAAUUUCAGGACUGAAGCUCGGAAUCGAAAACGGCAUGAUCUCAAGAGAGAGGAUCAACCUUUCUCUAAGACGCAUACUCCAUCUCAAGUCGAAGUGCACAUCUUGGGAACAGGCAUUGAACCCGACUGGUGUUGAUCAACUAACAUCUUUACAUUCCGCACAUCUUUCUCUAUCCACAAAGGCAUAUGAUAAAUCAAUAACUAUUAUGAGAGAUAAAGGGCACUUACUUCCUCUGUCGAAUACGCUUUACCCGGAAGAUGAAUUGCUGCUGUUAACACCACUUGUCAAGCCACUUCCAGCCUCCGCCGCCACAAAGGCAGUAUCCGAAGAUCGAGAAGGCUCUACAGAACAGGAUAAAGCUCACAGAUCUUCGAUUAUGAGUGGCGAAGGUGUGUUUCGUGAGCUUGGAAGAUCGCUUGCGAGACAGAGGCAUGGAAAACUCUUGCACACUUCAUACACCGCAAAUGGCGUACGACCAGUGCACGAGAACCUAAUCAACAGAGCUGCCGCAAUCAUCAUCAUUACUGCAGACGCAAACCGGAACUUGUACCAAAACGGCUUCACGAAGCAUGUGGCAAUGAUGUGCUCUAUGCUUAGCGCCGGAGGCAAAAAGAAGUCAUUGAUUGUUGUUUCUGUCAGCUCCCCAUAUGAUUUUGCAAUGGACAAAGCGAUUGGAACAUAUGUUUGCACAUUCGAUUUUACAGAGACAGCCAUGUCAGCAUUGGUCAGAGCUCUAUUUGGAGAAUUUACUCCUUCGGGAACUCUCCCUGGCACACUUAGGAAGAGUAGGAAGGUACAAAAGUCAAAGCAAAGUUGGCUCGUCGAAGGAUGGAAUAAGAACCGGGAUUCACGUGGCCUCCUAGCGCUGAUAAAGACUGUGGAGAAAAUGUCACCACCCAAUCAAUUCUGUCCGCUGGCCGGCGCGACGGCUGAUUCAUUUGAAUUGCUGGCAGUCAUGGAAGGCGGACAGGCGGUGGAAGAAUCUCAUUUUGUGGUUCGAAAUAGUAGCACCCAAGCCCUCUUUGGCUUCUGCUCUACUUAUUAUUAUGGUCAGACCGGAAUGAUUGGCGCUUUGUUCGUCGACCCUGCCAAACGAAAUCUGUCCAUCGGGCACUCCCUACAUCAGCGCGCCAUGCGUGCCUUGCUACAGAAGCCUGGAAUACAGAAACUCCAACUGGGCCUUGGUCUUCCCGGAAUUUAUCUUGGUAUUCCAAUGGGCGAUUUGUCAGAAGGAGCGCGGCUGAAGCGAUGGUUUGCCAACAACGGCUGGGAUAUUCUUUCCCCACGCUUACUCUAUACCUUGACCAUUCGCAACUUGCCAAAUUGGCAACCACCAGACGGCUUACUGCAGACAAUUCAACGUCUAUCAUUUGCUUUUGAUCUCAUUCAUGGCCAAGAAAACUCGGAAACAGUGCUAGAGCAUGUCCGGGCGAAUGCUGGACCAGAAGUCCUAGAACUCUACCGUUUAGCGCUCGAGGAUUCCAAAGCAUGUGGCGUAGUGCGGGCUAAGUCACCCGUCGAUGGUGCGCUUGUUGGCACCAUCAUCAUCUGCCGACAAGAAACACAGCUCUCGAGGUAUCUACCCGUCUUACAAGCCGCUGGUGAUAGUGUGGGCGGAAUACUAGCGCCAGUCGUACCGAACAGCCCCCAAGCUAGCAUGGUGCUCCAGGGACUUGCUAUGCUAGGAAUUAAGCAGAACAAGGCUCAUAGAGCUAACACAUGUGUUUUGAACUGGGUCCAAGGAGAGGAGCGAGACACGCUUUUGUCCAUGGGAUUUGACGUGCUAGACGCGUUCGAGGAGUUGAGCUGCAAGCCUGAUAGAGCAAGUCUUUCUCACUAA